AUGCGAGUCGCAGAGCAACAGGCUCAGCUCGAACAACAGUUUCUCACUCCACUGGCUUCGGGCGACUAUCUUGAAGAUGAUGCUGCGUCUGCAGGAAUCGUUCCUCCCAAGAACACCCGCCCCCAUCACCGCAUCUGGCCCUAUUCUAAAACAACAGUAGAACACAGCAUCUCCAGCACCAGGCACAGCUAUAGCUCUGGCUCUGGAUCAUUGCGGCGCAUGAUCCGCCCGCCGUUGGAUAAGGCUCGGUCGCUUUUCGUCCUGCCCACCACGACUACUGCCGGUCAGAACGUGGUUGUGUCAUACUGGGUGCCGCAGAACCCUGUUGCGCAGCCAGUUGCCCCUGAUAGAGGCCGGCAGCUUUCUAGUCUGCCUAAGCAUUUAGCGGUUGAUAGGAACCAUCGCCGGUGUCACUCGGAGCAACCGCGGUCAUGGAGGCGCCCGAGUGCGAGUUUGUGGACACUUACAGAGGAGUGA